CGGGAGGAGUGGGCGCAGAUGGGCGCCUGGGAGCGAGCCCGGCACAGGAACGUGAAGAGCAACUAGGAGGCGCUGCUCAGCAUUGGUCUCAGGGCCCCUCGACCCGCCUUCAUGAGUCGCCGCGGCAGAACAGCCAGGCACGGGGCGGAGGACUCCGAGGACUCGGAUGAAGAGUGGACCCCGAGGCCGCGAGCUAAACCUUCUUGGGUGGCCUUCAGAGUGGAACAGAAUAAACAUCAGAAGGCAAAGUCCAGGACGUCAUUAAGUAAUGAGUCUACUUUGAAGGAAUUGUCAGGAACAGCAAAUUUGUUGACCACCAGUGGCUCAGAGCAGACUCAGAAACCAGUGCCCCCUCCUGGAGAAGCAAGUCCCUCUGGACAGCACCCUAGAUCGAAAUUGGACCUCAGGAGAAAGGAGAUCGAAGUGAAGAUGUAUAGCCUACGAGAGAGGAAGUGUUGUGUCUACCAAGAGGUCAGCGAGCCCCAGGACGAUGACUACCUAUAUUGUGAGAAGUGUCAGAACUUCUUCAUUGACAGCUGUGCUGUGCAUGGGCCUCCUACGUUUGUAAAAGACAGUGCCGCGGACAAGGGGCAUGCCAACCGCUCAGCCCUCACUCUGCCCCCUGGGUUGAGAAUCGGACCAUCAGGCAUCCCUGAGGCUGGGCUUGGAGUGUGGAAUGAGGAAUGUGAUCUGCCCGAGGGCCUGCACUUUGGCCCUUAUGAGGGUCAGGUCACAGAAGAUGAAGCCACAGCCAACAACGGCUACUCCUGGCUGAUCACCAAAGGGAGAAACUGCUAUGAGUAUGUGGAUGGAAAGGAUACAUCUCAGGCCAACUGGAUGAGGUAUGUGAACUGCGCCCGGGAUGACCAAGAACAGAACCUGGUGGCCUUUCAAUAUCACAGGCAGAUUUUCUACCGAACCUGCCGGGUCGUGAGGAAGGGCUGUGAGCUGCUGGUCUGGUAUGGAGAAGAGUAUGGCCAAAAGCUGGGCAUCAAGAGGGGCAGCAAGUGGAAGACAGAGCUUGUGGCCGGGAGAGAACCAAAGCCAGAGAUCCACACAUGUCCCUCCUGCUCUGUGGCCUUCUCCAGUCAGACAUUCCUCAGCCAACAUGUGAAACGCAAUCACCCCUCUGAGAUUCUGCCAGGAGCACCUGCAGGAAAAAACCUCCAGUCAGAGGAACCCGGCCCAGAGCGUCAAAAUCAACAGCAGCAGCAACAUCCUGGUCCACAUGGGUGGAAUGACAAAGCUGAAGGUCAAGAGGUCAAAGGAACUUCCAAACCUUUGCUUAAAAGGAUCAGGCACAGAGGAACUUCAAGGGACUCUUUCAAGCCUCCCAACAGACAAAUAGGGAGCUCCAGUGAGCGUGAGAGAAUAAUGGAGGAAGAGCCCAGCACAGGCCAGGACGUGAAUCCAAAGAACAGAGGCAAAUUAUCUGUGGGAGUAAGAAUGUCAAAAAUUGUAACAAUCAAUCAUGGAGGGUGUGGGCAAGGCUUCAAUGAUAAGUCACAUAUCGACACACACCAGAGGACACACUCAGGGGAGAAGCCAUAUGUGUGCAGGGAGUGUGGGAAAGGCUUUACACGGAAGUCACAUCUCAUCAGACACCAGAGGACACACUCAGGGGAGAAGCCAUAUGUGUGCAGCGAGUGUGGGAAAGGCUUUACACGGAAGUCACAUCUCAUCAGACACCAGAGGACACACUCAGGGGAGAAGCCAUAUGUGUGCAGGGAGUGUGGGCGAGGAUUUACACAGAAGUCAUCUCUCAUCACACACCAGAGGACACACUCAGGGGAGAAGCCCUAUGUGUGUAGGGAGUGUGGGCGAGGCUUUAAAGAUAAGUCAAGUCUCAUCAAACACCAGAGGACACACUCAGGGGAGAAGCCAUAUGUGUGCAGGGAGUGUGGCAGAGGCUUUAGAGAUAAGUCAGGUCUCAUCAAGCACCAGAGAACACACUCAGGGGAGAAGCCCUAUGUUUGCAGGGAGUGUGGGAGAGGCUUUAGAGAUAAGUCAGGUCUCAUCAAACACCAGAGAACACACUCAGGGGAGAAGCCCAAUGUUUGCAGGGAGUGUGGGCGAGGCUUUACAGAUAAUUCAAGUCUCAUCAAACACCAGAGGACACACUCAGGAGAUAAGCCCUAUGUGUGCAGGGAGUGUGGGAGAGGCUUUAGAGAUAAGUCAGGUAUCAUCAAACACCAGAGAACACACUCAGGGGAGAAGCCCUAUGUGUGUAGGGAGUGUGGGAGAGGCUUUAGAGAUAAGUCAGGUCUCAUCAAACACCAGAGAACACACUCAGGGGAGAAGCCCUAUGUGUGUAGGGAGUGUGGGCGAGGCUUUACACAGAAGUCAUCUCUCAUCAAACACCAGAGGACACACUCGGGGGAGAAGCCCUAUGUGUGCAGGGAGUGUGGGAGAGGCUUUAGAGAUAAGUCAGUUCUCAUCAAACACCAGAGAACACACUCAGGGGAGAAGCCCUAUGUGUGUAGGGAGUGUGGGCGAGGCUUUACACAGAAGUCAUCUCUCAUCAAACACCAGAGGACACACUCGGGGGAGAAGCCCUAUGUGUGCAGGGAGUGUGGGAGAGGCUUUAGAGAUAAGUCAUGUCUCAUCAAACACCAGAGGACACACUCAGGG